AGCCCAGUUACAAACCGAAACAGAGACUAAACAACUGAAACCCUAGAAAAUCGAUCACAGUUCUUCCUCAAGUUCCAUCCUUCUCUCCACACGUCGUGUUUGGUGCAGUGCUGAAUCGGAGCUCCAAACAUGGCGGCAAGCGAUCGCACAGUGUUGCAAUUCUCUUCAUCUUCUUCCUCCUCUCAGAGCUUGUCCGCUAGGGUUCACCCUCUCGUUAUCUUCAACAUCUGUGACUGCUUCGUUCGACGCCCUGACCAAGCUGAGCGCGUCAUCGGAACCCUACUUGGUUCCAUCCUCCCCGAUGGAACCGUCGAUAUCCGCAAUUCCUACGCCGUUCCUCACAACGAGUCUAUUGACCAGGUAGCUUUGGAUAUAGAGUACCAACAUAAUAUGCUAGUAGCCCACCAGAAAGUGAAUCCAAAGGAAGUCAUAGUUGGAUGGUAUUCAACUGGCCUUGGAGUAACCGGUCAUAGUGUAUUAAUCCAUGAAUUUUUUUCUCGAGAAGUUACCAAUCCCAUACAUUUGACUGUUGACACUGAAUUUGCUAAUGGAGUGGGUACCAUAAAAGCAUAUGUGUCAAACAAUUUAUCCCUUGGAGACAGGCAAAUUGCUGCACAGUUUCAAGAAAUUCCAUUAGAUCUUCGUAUGGUUGAAGCUGAGCGAAUUGGAUUUGACACCCUGAAGGCAACCACAGUUGAAAAAAUUCCCUCUGAUUUAGAAGGCAUGGAAGCAUCAAUGGAGCAUCUACUAGCCUUGAUUGAUGACAUAUACAAAUAUGUUGACGAUGUUGUGGAAGGGCGUAUUGCACCUGACAACAACAUUGGAAAAUUUAUAUCAGAUGCUGUAGGCUCCCUUCCCAAAUCGCCCCCAGCUGUUUUUGACAAGCUUGUGAAUGACAGCUUGCAGGAUCACUUGCUCUCUCUAUAUUUAUCUAGCAUCACAAGAACACAGCUUAGCUUGGCUGAAAAAUUGAACACAGCUGCUCAAAUUCUGUGAUUCUUCUUCUGUCUGUGAGCAGAGGCAAUUUUUUCUGAUGGAAGUUUCCUUUCUCGUCAUGUUUUCUAGAAAUGUGGAAUAUCAGCAUUUUAUACUUUUGCUUUACUUAACGUUUCAUAUUUUGUACUUGGCAUUGCAUAGGGAGUUUUGUUCUAUCUUCUCUAAGAUAUCAGAGUAGCGUUAACUUGUCAUGUAUUCUGUUAUUAUAUUUGAAAGAACAUGAGCAAAAUCUUUUCCUCAUUCACCUAUUUAUUUCAGUGCUUGAAUCCAUGUUAA